AUGGAACUGCUGAAGAAAUUGCUUGACAGAAGCUUAUCCUUGCCAUUCCCUGCCAAAUCCUUUGUGAAAAAGAAGCACGCCGGUGACUUGAAUCCGGGAUGGCAAUUACCAAGUGCAGACACCGCGCCCCACCAGGCUGUGGGUCUAGCAGCAUCGACCGCCGUAUCUCCAAGCAGGGAGGGUGGCCUUGGCUUCAAGGAUCUAACAGCGGUUGCAGGCUUCUUCCAGUGGCAGAAUAUUGUGAAACCGGUGUGGACAUUAAUUAUGCACACUGUUCUCGCCAUGUUGGGUCGAUCUCCUCUUGACCCUAAGGGAUUUCACGGUUUUGCAAAUCCAGCACAACUGGGUUGGUUGCUGAAGUCUGAUACAAAAUCUCAUCAGUUGUGUGACUGGGAGGAGAAUCAAGGAAAUAACCAGACCUUUGGGGGGGAGGGACCGCACCACAGAAUGAAAGCAACACCCCUCUGCUAUCAUUUCACUGGUUCUCGUUUUUAA